AUGACGACGGACAAACAAGACCAUGAAAAUAGUAGUAAUAUGAAUGAAGCCCUUUUGUUAUCAGAUUGUUCAAGUGAAGAAAAUAAUUAUGAGGAAGAUGAUGAUGAGAAAAAAAAAGAAAAAAAAGUUAUUAUAAUUUUAGAAGGAGCAUGUUUACAAUUAAUUGAAGUAAAAAGAUAUAUAUAUGAAUUAGCUAAUAGUAGGAAACAUAAAAAUAUAUUAAAAAAAAAACAAGUAGAUGAAGAAAAUAUAAAAAAUUUCAGACCUGAUAUAUUACAUCAAUGUUUAAUACAUUUAUUAGAAAGUCCUUUAAAUAAAUAUGGAUAUUUACAAAUAUAUAUAAAAACACAUGAUAAUCAAUUAUUUUAUGUAUCUUCAAAUUUAAAAAUACCUAAAACAUUUCAACAAUUUGAAUCUUUAAUGGUUACCUUUUUAAGAAAAUAUAAAAUUAAAGCACAUGAAAAAAAUAUUUAUUUAUUAAAAAUUAUAAAAAACGAUUUACAAAAUAUAUUACCUACAAAUGGAUAUAAAAUAGGAUUGUCUUUAAAAGGAAAAAAAGUUCAAUUAAAUAAUUAUAUCAAAGAUUUUAAAAAUACAAAUCAACCUGUUACAUUCUUUAUAGGAGCUGUAGCAUAUUCAAAUCCUACAAUGAAAUUACAAAUACUAGAUGAUAAUAUUUCUAUCUCCGAUUUUAGUUUAAGUGCAGCUAUGUGUUGUACAUCUAUAUGUUCAGAGUUUGAAAAUCUAUGGAAUUUAUUUUAA